AUGGCUACACUUAGUGAAUAUUUAAUAAUUCUUCCUUCUGAAGUUUCCAGUUGUGGUGAGUCGGAGCCAGAGGUUAUCAGAUGCUUGAAGUUGACUUUGAUUAAUUCAGUCAAGGGUAUAGUGAAGCAGAUAAUUUCUUUGAUGCACUCAUGGGAAGCAACAGAGAACUAUGGAACGUACCAGCACAAGCAAAUAGUUCCUGAAAGUUUACUGAAAACGGUUCCGAAGGAAUGGAAUUACACUCCUCGGGAAAUGAAGAGAAAAGAAUCUGGAAAAUGCUUCACAAGGCUUGCAGCUCAGGCAGUAUCUAUUGUAAUCAGCAAGUUACCUACAGUGAUUGCAUGUUUGCCUCCCCCAAUUAAGUACUUCUUUUUUCUGGCUGAGAGAAAAAUGUCAAGAAACUUUGCUGAAUUGAAGAAAGCUGGUCUGCUUGUCUGGAACUUGAUUGUAAUUAUAUGUCGGAUAUUUGAGGAUGGAAAUACUGCAGAACUUUUAACAGGUGCAACACUUGACAGAUGGAGCAAAGAAAAACUCAGUUUAGUUCGUGUGUGCUUAGAAAGUAUUAUGGGAAAACAGAAAAGUGGUCCUAAGCAAGUGACCCAGAAGGUUAUACAAAGCAUUGAACAGCAAAGACCAAACUGGAUUGAAAGCCAGUUGCUAAAGGCAAGAAAAUUGAGCACAGACUGUGCCUUAGUCACAGUAGAAGGUGCAACGUUAGAGGAAGGAGAUAUUGCACUUGGAUUCACUGAGCAGAAAAUAAACAUGAUGGUCCUGGAUAUCUGCCACAAACCAGGUGGCAGCGAGUACCUGAGGCAAAUUUAUCACAUCAUCCGGCUCAAUGAGGUAGGGAAACGGCCUUUUUACCGAGCAAUUAGAGCAGGGGCCGUGCCGUUGCUGGACCAUGGUUGUACAGUGAACAGAGCUGCUGUACGAAUAACCUCUGCUUCGUUACUACCGAAGUUGGAACGUGUGAAUGGACCGACUGCUGCAGAAAGAGACGGGAUCCUAGCGCUUGAACGAUGUGCUGAAUUUUUCCGCUCGUGCCUCUUCGAGAGGGUUUGUGCAGGGUGCAGACCAGGUCACUUGAAGUGGAGAAUAUGA